UGCUCAAUGUGCGCCCGGGCCGAGUUAACGAGCGCUUCACUGACGUCACUUCCCAGGCGCGCGGGUUCGUGCUAACUGCAGCUAACCAGCCAACUGACAACCGGAAACUAUCCGGGACGUUUACAGUUUGUCAAGAUACUGUCAAGCUAAGUGUCGUUUCCCACGAAAGGCCAAGGCUCAGUAUACCCGCUGUAGACUGUGUGUAGUGUCUCCGACGGCCGUUCAGAUGCAGUUCUGUAGAGACGGCUGCGGUGUUGUUGACAUCCAUGACGAGCACGGGCGUGUGUUGUGUCACUAGUCACUAGCUAGCGGUACUUUUUUCGCGGAAGUUUUCUCUCUGGUAUGCAUUCAGACCUUUAGUCCGCUCGGACGCGGCAUUAAGCCGGACUUCAGUCUGUAGUAUUUGGCUGCGAUGAAGCUGCAAUGUGAUGUCGAGGUGGUGAAUCGGAUGCUCCCCACGUUUGGGAUGAAAAGUCGAGGGAAGGGGACGAGAGCGGUGCUCUCCAUCGGGAAGCAUUUGGACAAAACGAGUCAACGCAGCAACAUUUACAUGAUGAUCUGCACAGCCAAAGACAGAGUAGGCUCCAAGUACAAGCUAAAAGACAACAUAGAGAAGUUCUUCACUUGGUUUGUGGAGGAAGGCAAGGCCACUGUGAGAUUAAAGGAGCCUGCUGUUGACAUUUGUUUGAGCAAGGCCGAUGCCAAUAGCUUAAAGAACUUCCUCUCAGCUGCUCGUUUGGCGGACAGAGGAAGCGACACGAGCAGCCUUCCUCUCUCCACACUCACUCCUGUUCGCGCCAGAGACGUAGAGCAACCCAAGAAGAAGCUAACCAUCGUCUCCAAGAAGGACUACCCCCUCACCUCCAGCUUCCCCUACUCUCUGGAGCAGCUGCAGGUCUCCUACUGCAAACUGUCACGGGUGGACAUGCGGAUGCUCUCCCUGAAAGCUCUCCGCAAGCUAGACCUCAGCAACAACCACAUCAAGAAACUCCCUGCCACCAUCGGUGACCUCAGCUGCCUCUCUGAGCUCAUCCUCCACAACAACCACCUGGAAGCCUUCAGCGAGGCCCUCUGCCUAUCCACCCUGCAGCGGACCCUCCAGCUCUUGGACCUCAGCCAGAAUCGACUGCAGUCCCUCCCCGCUCGGUUUUGCCAGCUCAGGGAACUAGUGAACCUCAAACUGGAUGACAAUGAGCUCGUUUGUUUGCCGUUCCACAUCGGCCGACUCUCGAAGUUGAGGUUCCUGUCAGCGGCACAUAACCAGCUGGCUGUGUUGCCCGGUGACUUCCGUAAGCUGAGUCUGGAGAACCUGGACCUGUUUGGAAAUCCCUUUAUCCAACCUAACCCUCUGGACCACACAAUGAAACUUACAUUCCCCCUUCCACUUCAAGAGAUGGCUUCCAGAGCUGUGGCCAACCUCAGGAUACCGUACGGACCUCACCUCAUCCCUGCCCACUUGUGUCGGGACCUCGAAGUAGCCAAGACCUGCGACUGCGGCCGUGUCUGCAUCAGUUUCUACAUCAAGACAGCAGUCAGCAUGAACCUGCACCAAGUCUCUCACACAGUGGUCCUGGUGGACGACAUGGGGGGCACAGAUGCUCCGGUGCAGCAGCACUUCUGCUCCCUCUCCUGCUACUCCGAAUUUUUAGACAACUCCCUCCAGAGAGGAAUCAGAUGAAGAAGAACAAACUCUUCCGUUUUGACAGCAAACACACCAACAGCUGGAAAUUGAUUUCGCAAUAGUUUGCAAGCUAUGAGGUACUGUAGGGCAACAACAAGAGGAAUCUGCAGUAGUAUAUCGCUCAGUGGUCCAGUAGUUUCUGGUAAUGCCUUUGAAUGAAAGGAGAAUACUGACUCUCUUCAAGCUGCCUGUUUUACACUUACAUUCAACUUAUAAUGCACUUCCCACACAUCAAAAAUGGGGUAAGAGACGAGCAUAAAAAUUUUGCACCUGCUCCAUCUGUAACUCAGUGGCACUGGCUUUAUGUAACUCACACAAACUCACAGCAUACAGUGUCAUACGUUGUCUUUUCUGCCUCUUAGAGCAGACUGCAGGUUCCCCUAUUGACCUACUUCAACUCGGCAGGGGAAUAAAGAAAUUAGAUGAAUUAAGAGGGUUUUUUGUGUACACAGUGCCUCAGGGUCCAUGAGCAUUGGCUAAAGGGAGUUGGUUUUUACCAUGCUAAUGACCCACAGUUUUUAUAUAUAUAUAUAUAUAUAUAUAUAUGUGAAAAAAAUUCAUUAAAUAAAGUAUUCUUUAUGAUGUCCUAAGUAGUUUAUUCUGGGACAUUGAAAUGA